GCACGCGCCUACGUCACUUUACUCCAAUGCGGAAGUGGUCGUCAUCGCUAAAGCAGUGAGUUGGAAGACCGUUUAAAGCCCGAAAAUGUCGUGGAUAAGGGAAGGUGAAUUAAACCUGAUUGAAAAGAUAUCUGCCAACAUCCUGAAGGCUGGACCCAUGCCUAAACAUGUUGCCUUCAUCAUGGAUGGUAACCGCCGCUUUGCACGUAAGAAACAAAUGGAGCGCCAAGAAGGACACAUGCAGGGCUUCAACAAGCUGGCAGAGACAUUACGUUGGUGUAAGAAUCUGAACAUCCAAGAGGUUACAGUGUACGCCUUCAGCAUUGAGAACUUCAAGCGCAGUCAAAACGAGGUGGAUGAGCUCAUGGUGCUGGCCAAGCAGAAAUUUGAAAAGCUGUUGGAGGAACGGUGA